AUGGUUUGCAAACCGAGAGAUAAAGGAGGGCUUGAGGUUAAAGAUGUCGGUGUUUUAAAUUUAGCGUUGCUACGCAAAUGGAAGUGGAGAAUCUUGAAUGAAACAAACACCUUUUGGCUUAAAUUGCUUAGUAGUAGAUAUGGUAAUGUAAAGGUGAAAGUGCAGGUUGGAGACUCUAGCAUGUCGACGAGCAAAGAUUCUAUAUGUUGGCGUGAUUUAAUUCUUUCGAGCAAUAUUGAAGAAGUAGACCAGAACUGUUUUAACAGAGGAUUUUUGUGCAAGGUUAAAGACGGUAUCUCUGUGGCACUGUGGAAAUCUUGCUGGCUGGGAAACCAAGCACUGAGAAUGGUGUUUCUGGAAAUCUAUCAGUAG